AUGGCAGAGCCUAUCAAGCAAGAUGGCGCUGCUCAGGCCAGCUCGGCUGGCUCAGCAGAAGCUCCAAAGCCGGCUGCGACGAAGCCUGCGAAACCACCAAAUCCAGUUUUUCGAAUGAUGGGCUUGCCGAACCUGCCUCGAAAACUACCGUCAAGGAACUGGAUGAUAUUCUGGACUGUGCUUGUCUCGUUCACAGCUGCCAAAAUGUACGACACGCGACAGAAGAAAGCUGCGCAGAAGAAGUGGUGCGAUCUAGUCGCUCACAUCGCGCAAGAGAAGCUGGAUGUGCGCCAAAUGCCUAGGAAGCUGACCGUCUUUCUGUCAGCUCCACCAGGAGACGGACUUGGUCCUUCGAGACAGUAUUUCAAGGACUACGUCAAACCUAUCUUGGUCGCUGCGUCCAUGGACUACGAAGUGAUAGAAGGUCGAAAGGAGGGAGAUGUGAGGUAUGGGACUGCAGAGCAGAUACGCAGGCUAAGGCGGAAGAAAGGCGAGAAGGGCCUGACAGAACCUGAGAUGGAUACAGCAAUGGCCAUCGACCUGAUGAGGGAGCGAUUAAUGCUUCAACCAGAACCAGGUGUAAAAGGAGACUUGGUCUUAGGGCGACAUACUUGGAAAGAAUAUGUCAGGGGUAUACAUGAGGGAUGGCUAGGUCCAUUGGAUGAGCCACCAGAACUAAAUCCUGAACCCUCGCCCACCCCUGCGAUAACACCAGAGCCAUCCCCUAUACAUCCUCCUACUGAGUCACGGACCGAAAAUCCCGGGGCAACCACAUCCCCCGAGGCCGUGGAGCAGAUUUCUGCGGACGAGGACAAGAAGCCUGAAGAGAAAAAAGAGGAGGAAAAGAAAAAGAAGCCAUAUCCGCCUCCUGCCUAUCUACCCAUUCACCAAUACUCGGGAUCACCAUUGUCGCCUCACAUUCCUACAGUCCUGGAACCAUCCGAAGCAAUACAUCAACAACACCUGCUAGGCUUCCUCAAAACACCUCAGAGGAUAUACAACUGGCUCAACAGAAGAACAUUGCAGGACCAAAUAGGUCGACAAACAGCAGCCAUAGUCCUCGCAAGUAACAGACCCUACCAGCACGACGAGUCCUUCGCCAUGCCCGCGACACUUCCCUCUGAAUCUAGCGCCCCAGUUGCCACAAGGGCACCUGAAAACGAUCAGCUAGACACUUCACCACUCCAGACCUCCUCAAACUACGAACAACAAGGACUUUUGACAGAAGAAGAACAUUACUGGCAUAAAUCAGUGCGACAAGCACCUGCGGAUGCCACUAAAGAGCAAAUAUACAUCGCAGAUAUCGUGUUCGAUCCACGAAUUGCAGACCGUAUGAGAAAGUUUGAGCUCGAUCAUGAGCAGGAAGAACGAGCACAAAAAAUCGCCGCAGGAGACGAAAGCGCCAAAUGGGCAGUCCCUGUGCAAGACUUGAGGAGUAAGAAGCCGAUUGUCACUGCUGAUGAAGAUUCGAUGGCAUGA